AUGACAGUGCAACAAUUCAAUAUCCUUCAUGAACUGUUGGCACCACUCCUUAUCAAAAAAAGUAUUCGAAAACCUCUAGAGCCAGAACUGCGAAUUGCUGCCACAUUGAGCUACAUUGCACGUGGAGACAGUAUUCGUACGACAUCUUGGUUUUUCUCUAUUGGCAGAUCAACCAUGUACUCAAUUGUUCAAGAAGUUUGCAAGAAAAUAGUACAAGUACUCCAGUCAAUAUAUCUCAGGAUGCCGAAUAGAGAUAAAUGGAUUGAAAUUGCUAAUGGUUUUCAAACGAAAUGGAAUUAUCCAAACUGA